AGCAGUUGCCAAAAUAGCAGUGUUUCUGUGUACCAUUCACCCAGCUUCCAAGGAUACUAUCUUACACAACCAUAGAUGAUCAGAACCAGGAAAAUAGCCUAUCAUCAAUUAGUUUUUAAAUAUAUCAAAGUUUGGAAUAGUAUUUUACAUCUCUCCUGAAUAUUGGAGAAGGAAGUUUCCCUGGAAGCAGCCUAGCUAGAAAGGUGAGGGAGGCGACAUGCAGAGGGGCCAAGUGCUUUAACCAGCACCGGAAUUACACUCUUCCUGGAGUAAUGCGUCUCAACCCUGACUGAACAUUGGAAUCACUGGAGGGUGGGCAAAGCCACCGGGUGGCCCACCCCAAAUCAAUUCCAUCAACCUCUUUAGGUAAGGCUCAGACAUCAGUCUAUGUUUUAAAAGCUCCUCAGAAGAUCCUAAUGUGUGCAGCCAGGGUUCAGAGCUACUGAUGUCAUUCUUUACAUUAAGUAAGGUUGAUUUAAUGCUUUUUUUUUAAAUGAGGUGUUUGAAUAUGUUUUGUCUUAAUGACAUCACUGACAAAUAUUGAAAUGUAUUCAAAAUCCCUUUGCUCUACAGACCCAGGUUUCAAUGCACUUUCCGUAAGCCUUAAAACAGAGCUCUGUAAUAAAAACGUAAUGGGGCUUCCCUUUCUUAGACAACGUCUCAGUUCAAGCGUGGGCUACAAGCAUGGUUGGAGUAAACCAAGAUCAAUACUUUUUCCUCCAACUCUAGACGCUAGUAGUUUAGCUCAGCAUCACUGUUUUUACUUCUAAUUUGAGAAAACUUUGGGAAUUACUAUCUAAUAUUAGGGGGAAAAAACCAAAACCCAGAAAUGCGACUUCUCCCGUUCUAAUUGCGGCAACCACGGAGGAAUCCAUAAACUCUCGGGGCAUAAUCAGAGUUAGGAUAAGGUUCUUAUCCUGAAACUAUUUUCAGAAACCAGGGACUUUCCAGAUGACGGAAAGCUGUGGCGCCGCCACUGGCGGGGCCUGAGGUUCGCUAGCGAGGCUGUGAGAGCAGCCUCCCUCCCAGGCGUGAAGAAGUCUUCGCCCUCCUUUGGUUAUCACACGCCCAUCCGCGAGCUUUCAUUGGACGUGGCUCACAUUCCUGUUGUCUAAGAAUACUGCAAAGCGCUCCUCUCCAGGUUCCUUGCAGGUCACUUUAAACCGCCAGCCAGUCGGUUCCCAUCUGCACCCGCCCAAGGGGUCGCCCCACACUCCCCUUUGUACACGCAGAACCGGCGCCGCGCAAAGGCGAGAAGUCAGGAGAGGACAAGAGAUAGAAGCAGCAAAGGGACGCACGUUCUAGACGAACUCGCUAAAAUCGCGCAGGGGUUAUAGCACAUUCUGCCAACUCGAACUUGGGAAUCAAGUGUUUUGUAAAUCUCCCUUAUUCUUGUGGCUAAAAGUAUCACGAACGAAGCAGCCUGGACCCGUUUUAGCUACAAAGACGGCCUCCUCUGGCCACUGAGCGGCCCCAGCAGACAGGUCGCCCGAGGGUUUCCGACAGCACCCCCCGCAGCGCCGGGUAGGCGCGGGCACAGGCGCCGCGGGCAGGCGGAGGCGAGGCCGGCAGGGACUAGCUGGCGCGCGCCGGCCGGACGCGGUGACGUCAGAGCGGAAGCGCACGCUGCGUGAAGCGGCCCAGAACCCGGCGGUCACGGGAAUAUCCGUCGCGCCGAGGACUCUGGUUAGUUUCGCUCCGGGUUCCGGCUGCGUUGGGCGUGCGUGCAGCUCGCUGAGACGAUGGCGUCCGGGCCUCACCCGACAGCGACCGCUACCGCCGCCGCUUCAUCGACCGCCCCGAGCGCGGGCGGUUCCAGCUCCGGGACGACGACCACGACGACGACCACGACGGGAGGGAUUCUGAUCGGAGACCGCCUCUAUUCGGAAGUUUCGCUCACCAUCGACCACUCGCUGAUUCCGGAGGAACGGCUCUCGCCCACCCCGUCCAUGCAGGACGGGCUUGACCUGCCCAGCGAGACGGACUUGCGCAUCCUGGGCUGCGAGCUCAUCCAGGCCGCCGGCAUUCUCCUCCGGCUACCGCAGGUGGCGAUGGCAACGGGGCAGGUGUUGUUUCAUCGUUUUUUCUACUCCAAGUCUUUCGUCAAACACAGUUUCGAGAUUGUUGCCAUGGCUUGUAUUAAUCUUGCAUCAAAAAUUGAAGAAGCACCUAGAAGAAUAAGAGAUGUGAUUAAUGUAUUUCAUCACCUACGCCAGUUAAGAGGAAAAAGGACUCCAAGCCCCCUGAUCCUUGAUCAGAACUACAUUAACACCAAAAAUCAAGUUAUCAAGGCAGAAAGGAGGGUGCUAAAGGAGUUGGGAUUUUGUGUUCAUGUCAAGCAUCCCCAUAAGAUCAUUGUUAUGUAUUUACAAGUCUUAGAAUGUGAACGUAAUCAAACCCUGGUUCAAACUGCCUGGAACUAUAUGAAUGACAGUCUUCGAACCAAUGUAUUUGUUCGAUUUCAACCGGAGACUAUAGCAUGUGCUUGCAUCUACCUUGCAGCUAGAGCUCUUCAGAUUCCAUUGCCAACUCGUCCCCAUUGGUUUCUUCUUUUUGGUACAACAGAAGAGGAGAUCCAGGAUAUCUGCAUAGAAACACUUAGGCUUUAUACCAGAAAAAAGCCAAACUACGAAUUACUGGAAAAAGAAGUAGAGAAAAGAAAAGUAGCCUUACAAGAAGCCAAAUUAAAAGCAAAGGGAUUGAAUCCUGAUGGAACCCCAGCCCUUUCAACCCUUGGUGGAUUUUCUCCAGCCUCUAAACCAUCAUCGCCAAGAGAAGUAAAAGCUGAAGAGAAGUCACCUAUCUCUGUUAAUGUGAAAACGGUCAAGAAAGAACCCGAGGAAAGACAACAGACUUCCAAAAGCCCUUAUAAUGGUGUAAGAAAAGACAGCAAGAGAAGUAGAAAUAGCAGAAGUGCAAGUAGAUCAAGGUCAAGAACACGAUCACAUUCUAGAUCACAUACUCCAAGAAGACAUUAUAAUAAUAGGCGGAGUCGAUCUGGAACAUACAGCUCAAGAUCAAGAAGCAGGUCCCGCAGUCACAGUGAAAGCCCAAGAAGACAUCAUAAUCAUGGUUCUCCUCACCUUAAGGCCAAGCAUACCAGAGAUGAUUUAAAAAGUUCAAAUAGACAUGGUCAUAAAAGGAAAAAGUCUCGUUCUCGAUCUCAGAGCAAGUCUCGGGAUCACUCAGAUGCUGCCAAGAAACACAGGCAUGAACGGGGACAUCAUAGGGACAGGCGUGAAAGAUCUCGCUCCUUUGAGAGGUCCCAUAAAGGCAAGCACCAUGGUGGCAGUCGCUCAGGACAUGGCAGGCACAGGCGCUGACUGUUCUUUUGAGCCUGCAUCAAUUCCUGGUUUUGCCUACCUACAGUGUGAUGUAUGGACUCAUAAUCAAAACAUUAAAAGCAAGUGAUUAGGAUUUGAUUUCUUAAAACCCUCUAGGUCUCUAGAAACACUGAGGACAUUUUCUGUUGAAAAGAACUAUGUUAAAAUUUUUUAUGCACAUUAAAAUGCCCUAGCAGUAUCUAAUUGAAAACCAUGGUCAGGUUCAAUUGUACUUACUAUAGUUGUGUAUUGUUUAUCGCUAUAAGAACUGGAGUGUGAAUUCUGUAAAAAUGUAUCUUAUUUUUAUACAGAUAAAAUUGCAGACACUGUUCUAUUUAAGUGGUUAUUUGUUUAAAUGAUGGUGAAUACUUUCUUAACACUGGUUUGUCUGCAUGUGUAAAGAUUUUUACAAGGAAAUAAAAUACAAAUCUUGCUUUUCUAAACUACUUCAAAUAAAUUAUUAAAAAGAGCAAAAUUUUAAUAGUAAAAUGGCUGUACUGAUUUUCUGACAAACUUGUUCUUUUCUCCAUUAGUUUUAAUUUGAGGUAAUUGAAAUACAAGUCUUACCUGCAUUUGGAGCUAAUUGUAAAAUCUUCAGUAUGUAUGGGAAAAGCAAAUAGGAGUGUCCCAGCAGUGUAAUGUUAAAUGUUAUAUUGUAUUUAGCACUAAA